AGAAACACUGAGAAAAAGGAAAGGUGACAAAAGAAAAGGCCUUUCCACCUGAAGAAAGGAAAAAUUCGAUUCCUCUCUAACUCUCUAAACCAUGAGUCUCUUCGGUCUGGGCAGAAAUCAGCGAACAUUUCGCCCCAAAAAAAGUGCACCCUCAGGAAGUAAGGGUGCACAGCUUAAGCAGCACAUUGAUUCUACCCUGGGCAGUGGAAACCUAAGGGAAGCAGUAAGGCUACCUCCUGGGGAGGAUUUAAAUGAAUGGCUCGCCGUCAACACUGUAGAUUUCUUCAAUCAGGUGAAUCUGCUCUAUGGUACCCUUACAGAGUUUUGUACCGCUGAGAACUGUCCUACAAUGACUGCAGGCCCUAAGUAUGAAUAUAGAUGGGCAGAUGGUGUGCAGAUCAAGAAACCUAUUGAGGUUUCUGCCCCAAAAUACGUCGAAUAUUUAAUGGACUGGAUCGAAUCGCAGCUUGAUGAUGAAUCCAUUUUUCCUCAAAAGCUUGGUGCACCGUUCCCUCCCAACUUCAAGGAGGUCGUCAAAACAAUAUUCAAAAGACUGUUCCGGGUAUAUGCUCACAUCUAUCACUCGCACUUCCAGAAAAUUGUGAGCCUCAAGGAAGAAGCCCAUUUGAACACAUGCUUCAAGCACUUCAUACUGUUUACUUCUGAAUUCGGGCUGAUCGACAAGAAAGAGCUAGCUCCUCUUCAGGAGCUCAUUGAAUCCAUCAUAGUCCCCAGCUAAAUAUAUAGUGGCUGAGAUCCUGAGAAGGAU